GCGCAGGCACGGUUGAGUCAAUUGACACGCUUGAUCGCGCACGAAGAAGGCUUGACCUUUCAGACGGAGGCGCGUCUUCUGCAUCUGCGCCAGCAGCACCGACGCGUGACCGAGACCUGUCUCCGACUGCAGAUCGCGACGGCCAGCAACACCGGCCAAACGGAGCGUGUCGACCAACGAGUUGCCAGACUCGAGUCGUGUCGCGAGACGGCGCGACGCUGCAAGCGUCUCUUCAACCGUUGGCAAGACCUGGCAGGCGGCAUUCGCGUCCUCGUCCGCAUCUACAGCCACCCGACCCGCCAACCUGCCACCAACGCCGACGCCAACGCCAACGGCGAUGCCGACUGGACGCCGGGCUACACCACCGGUUGCCUUAUGGUACCGUCGCCGGAUGAGGUGGGCGUGUUGUCGCGUACAGCCUCGAGCGGGGACGAGGCGAUCGGCGAGGAGAGGCCGAACGAAGCGCACAGCGUUCGACUCUUUCACGUCAACGAGGUUCUGCACUCGGCCUCGCCGGAGGCCGAUCAGUUGGCCGAUCUGGCGCGCCGCGUCGCCGGCCACCUCUCGGGCGGCCGCAGCUCGGCCGUCAUCUGCUACGGGCCUCGGGGCACGGGCAAAACGCAUACUUGCCUGUACGGGGCCGGCCGGCGUCUACACGACGGACUGGCCGGACUGGUGGUACAGGCGCUGUUGGAGGCGCACCAACUGCACGACUUUGGCUGGUUGAUCGGAGCCGGCGGAGGCGCGACCAACGGAUCAUGGCUGGCUGUGUCUCUGCUCGAGGUCUACAAUGAACGUGUCACUUGUCUGCUGUCCGGUCGCGAUGUACAAAUGCGUGACGACGGUCGCAGAAUGCAUGUGGUCGGACAACUCGAACGUCCCGUUCGACAUGUCGACAAUUUUGUCGAGGUGUUGCGUACCGCAAUCGCCGCCCGACGGACGGCCUGUCUGGCCGGCCAGGCUCGUCACGCCUCUCGGUCACACAUGAUCAUGAUGUUGCGUCAUCGAUCCGAGGCGACGUCCGGUUGGACGUCGGGCUGGCUGAAUGGCGGCUGUGUGCGGUCGGAGAGUCGAAGUGGAAGCAAUCAGUCGUCGCGGGCCUACUCGCAGACGGUCAGUGAUUCGGCGCCGUCGACGCGACGAGGCGUGGACGGUCCGGGUCAGGCAAUCAGGCAUGGCAACUACGAGGAUUACGAGAACUGCAAGGAAGAGGAGGAGGAGGAGGAGGCUGAGGGCACUUUUAUUUUGGCCGAUUUGGCCGGCUACACCGUCAGCGGUCUGGACGCCGGUGAAGCUGAACUAGCAACGUCCGGUUCAGGAUCAGUUGGUCGGCGUGGUGGAGUGAAACGGCCCAAUCGUUCGUUCAGUUGCCGUGGCGACUCGAGAGGAGCUGAAGCGAAACGUCUGUGGCGAAUGGAGGCGAGUGAGAUCAACCGAUCAUUGGGCGCAUUUCGACAAGUGCUGCACUGUCUUAGCUCGAGUGAACGACAAGUGGUGGCGCCCUUUCGAAAUAGCCGGCUAACACAACUAUUGAAGCCCUGUUUCGCCGGAGACACACAGACAACGCUGGUGUUGAACCUGACCGGCGAUCGACGUCACCAACAGGCGACAACGCACUGCCUCGAGUUGGGUCAGGUCGCUAUGGGUCUGGCAUUCGGACACAACUAG